AUGGCAGAGACUCAAGGACCAACCGUGGUGGCGGUGGCCAUAACCUUCGCCGUCAUUUCCUUCGUCACCAUAUUCCUACGCCUCUGGGCACGCGUCUUCGUUGCUAAGACAUUCCUUAGGACUGAUUUGUGUGGCGGUUGCGAUCCAAAGUUAAGGCGGCUGGCAACGGUCAUGAUGGCCGUCAUCUUCUGUCAGGCCGGGGGAAAUGUCAUGGCCUGCGUUUUCCAAUGCUCGCCUGUCAGGGCCGCCUACGACGUGACGAUCCCGCUGGUCGACAAAAAAUGCGUCAACAUCAAUGCCUUCUAUCUUGCUAACGCAGCCGUCAACAUCUUGACCGAUAUCCUGACAUACACUCUGCCCUUCCCUCUCAUUGCUCGCCUCCAGGUCCCUCGCAGACAAAAGAUUGGCGUUGGCAUCAUGCUAUGCCUCGGUCUUUUUGCUUGCAUAUCUUCCAUUGUUCGAAUUACUUACAUCCCGCCGAUGCUAUCGUCCGACGACACGACGUGGGUCAUAACCAACGCUAUGUACUGGUCCGUUAUCGAGAUCAACAUCGGCAUCCUCGCCGCUUCGAUCCCAUCCUUCAAAGCCCUCGCCGCGAGAUACGCACCGCGACUCCUUGCAAGCUACAAAAAUACGGGUAGCAACAGGUCCGGCUUCAAGAUGAUGCGAAGAAACCCAGCCAUGGACAAUGAAGACACUGAGAGCGACAACCCGGGGGGUCGCAAGGCAGAAGUCCAGACGAGUAUUAAAACAGGCCUCGAGGCCAGCAGCAGCGAGGAACAGCUCUUUACUGUGCCUGGGCGCAUCAGAGUCAACACAAGGGUUGUCCAUUGCCAUAGCGUAGAUGCCAGGUCUACGAAUGGGGUGUAA